AUGGAUAGAUUAAAAUGUGCCUUGUGUGGAAAAGUGUUUGGUGGGGGGAUUUUUAGGAUGAAACAACAUAUUGCUCAUGUGAUGGGGAAUGUAUCUUCAUGUCUAAAGUCUACAAAAGAUGAUCAAUUGAAAUGUAUAAAUUAUCUUAACGAAGGGAAGUUAAAAAAGAAAGCUAAAAAAGUUCAUAUUGAAGACUUAAGGGUAGAGGUGACACAAGAAUUGCAUGAUAGCGUGGAUGAAGUAGAAAAUUCUUUGGGGUCGAAGGCACCAAAUGUUAUAGGCCCCAUGGAUAACUUCGCAAACAUAAUAAACCCCGAAGAAGUUGUGAAGGCGGGAAAGGGCAAAAAUGUUGAUCUUAACAAUAUUGUCCGGAAAGAAAGAAUAUUAGCGGUCCAUAAAUUUAUUAGUAGGUGGGCAUGUGAGAGUGCGAUUCCUUUUCAUGCCUUUGAAAGGGAUAGCUUCAAAAUGAUGCCGGAGGUUAUUGGCCAAUUUGGAACCGGGCUUCCAUGUCCAACUAGAUAUGCUUUGAGUGACCCACUUCUAAAGCUUGAAGUUGAAAGAACAUAA